AUGCAACAACAUGAAGGGGUGCUGCUGACGCAUGACGUGUUGCCCCACCUCCCUUCCCUCCAACAGAUUACAGUUGAAAACUGCGAGGGCAUAGAGAUGAUAAUAGGCACUGCCCCCGACAUGACGCAACCUUCCUUCCCAAAGUUUACACACCUGACUCUAAGGAAUCUUCCGGAACUGAAGGAGAUAUGUGAUUGGAUCGACAGUUGCGAUCACAUCCAAUUUAUUGAAAUAUCAAGAUGUCCGAAGCUGAAGAGGAUUCCUUUGCCACUGCGCCCACGUGACAGUGGCCUCCUUUCUCCUCCCCCCUCCCCUGGACAGAUUUUGAUGGAUCAGGAGACGUGGCAAGCACUUGACAAUGGCCUCCUUUCUCCUCCCUGCUCCCUUGGACAGAUUUUGAUAAAUCAGGAGACGUGGCAAGCGCUGGAGUGGGACCAUCCCCUUGCCCGUAUCUCCCUUGAACCUUUCGUCGAGUUUAUUUCUGAAUGGUGAAGCUGCAGAUAAUCAGUUGAGGAUGAAUUGUCUUCUGAUGGCAGUGGACAUCAAAGUUAUCGCCAUUACCACGUCGUCCUGCUCGGUUGAUUUUUGAAGUACCUCUGAUUCCUGUGAUGACAUGUUUAAUUUGUUUAUGCCUUCUUUUCCUAUCUGUGAUAAGCAUCUCUCUUUCUGUA